GUAGAAGAAGAAGAAGGCCGUGAGACGACGAGUGCUGUGUCGUGCGCAGCGUUCGUCUUUCACUCUUCCGUUGCGUUUAGAUUAUUCACAGUCUGCCAAAGAUGGUCCGAACGCAUUUUGGACCACCACGCUUAAAGCCCAGACCUUAUGGAGACAGUCAUGCUACUGGACACAAUGAAGGCAAUUACAACCCCAGUUCUAGAAGUCGAAGAGAUGCCCAGGGCUACCCAGCAAAGCCUCCACUUAACUGGAGGGAAUCCAGAGGUAGAGGACGACCCCCACCUGUCAGAAGAGUUCCUCUGAUGGGAGAGCAAAGGGAGCCACGUUUUAAUAACUGGAGGUCCCAAAAUCAGGAUUCCUUUCAACCGUACCAUCCUAAAAUGGAACCACACCAUAGCCAGAGACGGCUGCCUCCAUCUAGGCCAACCCGCUCCCCUCAAGUCCAGCAUCAGUCAUCAUCUCAUGGUCCUGCGCAAGGACAUCAUAGUCAGAGAGGUCCAUCUUUUCAUGGUCACCCCUCUGGUCACAGAUCAUCUUCCCCAAGGCAUUUUCGUGGCCACCCAGCUGAUAGGAGGCCAGUUUCUGCACCAGGCUACCAGGGAUCUUUCAAAGGCCCCAAAAGGCAGUCAGGCUUUCCUCAUCAGGAGCAGCGGAGUAGAGACCCUCGAGGGAAUUACAGUCCAAGAGAAAGGCCCACUCAGGAACACUCGGGUCACAACGUGAAGCGCUGGCACGAGGCUGGAUCAUUCUCACAUAAUGGGCAACAUGGGCCCUCGGGGUCACAGAGGAACCCCAGAGAGAUGCAUGCGAGAGGCUCGUGUACAGAGAGGUACAGCCGUGAAGCAGCAAGCCCAGCUGGGUGGUCAUCUGAGCAAGACUCGAGGCGCCAGCGUGGUCCCAUGGAGAGGCAGGGUAGCCGAUCCCACAGUAGAGAGAGGGCACAAGAUGUGCCUCACCCACCUCCUUACAGAUCCCCUUCAUGGAAAGGAGGCCCAUCACCUUCAUCCUCCUACCACAGGGGCCCUCAGGAGAGGCAAAUGGCAGGACCCCGCAAGAGGAGGAUAUCAGACAUCAGCAUGUCCUCCUCGGACGCAGCACUGGAGCAUGGCAAUGCAAAACAGCCCCGGAGAGUGAGACCCCAACUGCUCAGCAUUCCCAGGCCAUUUGGUGGCAAACCCUUGUCUCUUAGGGAUAGAAGUUUCCUGGUUAAGAGCCGACAAGUCAAAGCAGAGUCACUCAUGAGGCUCAGAAUACCCCCAUAUGUGCGACCGAGGUUUCGCCUGGGUGAUUCUGCUUUACAAGGAAAUGCCAGCUCUGUUCUUGCUCUCAGGAAGAAACGUUUCCAAUUAAAUGCAGUACCCCUGAGAAAAGUGGAGACAAGAAGGGGAAAACCCCCACAGUCACUCCCCAGAGAAGAAAGCAGUGCCAACAAGUCUUCCAGAGACUCUGAUACAGGAAAAGAGCAGGUGGAGUCUCGUCGGUCCUUGAGCGCGCACAGAUCUUCUCCCAUAGAGAAACGCGAUCUUGUCGUUUUGUCGCACUGGCCACCUGGACCGAGCUCCUCCUCCAAGGACUGCUCGCCUCCAAAGGGCCGCAGCCCAAAGUCAAAGAGUGACCACAGUUCAGAUGCAGAUACCACACCAAAUAGACGCCUCUCUAAGUCAAGUGAUACCAGAUCUUCUCCUGAAGACAGAAAACAGGAAUAUUUGGAUAAGAGGGUGUUUAGGCCUGUUAAUAUGAUGCAUGACAGCUACAGACCUGGGAGACCCUUAAGGAAAGGACCUGGACCCGGACCCAUGCAAAGAACAAAGUUCACUGGUGGUCCACGGAGGAUGGGCCCUGAACUGUCUGGGAAUUUUAGAAGACCACUCAUGGAGAGCUUGGUGCCGCGUCCUUUUCCGAAUCAGAGACCAGUGUUCAGAAAGAGUUACAGUAUCGUGUCCAAAUACCGUAACAUGAGAGUGAUGCGUCAGCGCGCACCGUACAACCGAGGACCCAACCAGCAACGCUGGUGAUGACCACUAAUCCUACGUUCUGCUAACAUGGAUGGAGAAAAAUUCUCAUCAAGCUCUGUGCUGUCAGGGGGACUGCAGAAAGCUUCACUACAAUCCCAUCCUGCAUUGUGGAAGCUUUGCUUUUUUUUUUUUUUUUUUCAAUUUAUUUUGGUGUUUUACUUUGUUCUUUGUAAAAGUACUGCAGUAUUUUGUUUGACAUUGUCUGUAACAUAGGCCAUUGUAUUAUACAGCUCUGCUUUUUCCUCUCUUCAGAUGAUUUGGUAAUUGCUGCUUGUGAUUAUGGGAGUCCUUGUUUGGGGUUUUUUGUUUGUUUGGUUUUUUUUUUAAUACCAACAGCAUUACAUUUCAGAUUUAAGUGCAAAAAAAAAAACCAAAAAAAAAAAAACACUUUAGUAUCUGACUUUUACUGUCCAUGAAGACCCAUGAUGAGAUGUCUUUGAUUAGAAAACAGUCUGUCAGUGGACACUUGGGUACUACUUGUAAAAUGUGUUUAAACACUUUCAAUAAAAUGAGAAUUAGCACUCA